AUGUCAACGACCCCAGGCCGCCUUGAGACGACGUCGAGUUUGGGGCAGCUCUUCGGCUCGGAGGGCCUGCAGGAGGGCCCUGCCAUCGCAGAACUUCUACGGGCACGGCGCCUCUUCACCUUGCAAGACAUGGUGUACCUGGCGCCCUGGGAGCUCCGGGACUGGCUCCUCAGCACCGAGGAGGAGGCCGAAGAGCUGCUGCAGCGCGGCUGGGCGGCUCUGGCGGCGCCUCCAAGAAGCGCCUGG